AUGGCCAACUUGCCAAUUGAGCCUGAAUUCGAGCAGGCUUAUAAAGAGCUCGCCUCCUCGCUCGAGAACUCGACUCUCUUCCAGAAACAUCCGGAAUACAGAAAGGCGCUGUUGGUUGCCUCUAUUCCUGAGCGAACGAUCCAGUUCCGUGUCACAUGGGAAGAUGACAAGGGUCAACUGCAAGUCAACCGGGGGUACCGGGUGCAGUUCAACUCGGCCCUGGGUCCGUAUAAGGGUGGUCUGCGAUUCCAUCCGACAGUCAACAUGUCGAUCCUAAAGUUCCUUGGUUUUGAGCAGAUCUUCAAGAAUGCUCUCACAGGCUUGAACAUGGGUGGUGGCAAAGGAGGUGCCGACUUCGAUCCAAAGGGCAAAUCGGACAAUGAGAUUCGCAAAUUCUGCAGUGCCUUCAUGAUGGAGCUAAGCAAGCAUAUUGGUGCUGACACUGAUGUGCCUGCUGGCGACAUUGGAGUCGGCGGCCGCGAGAUCGGCUUCCUCUUCGGCGCGUACAAGAGACAGCGACACAUCUGGGAGGGCGUGUUGACCGGCAAGGGCAACAGCUGGGGAGGAAGCUUGAUCCGGCCCGAGGCUACGGGAUACGGUCUUGUCUAUUACGUCCAACAUAUGAUAAAGCAUGCAACGAACGGACUAGAGAGUUUCACAGGCAAACGCGUUGCCAUCUCUGGCUCCGGAAAUGUUGCCCAGUACGCUGCUCUCAAAGUGAUCGAGUUCGGCGGCAUCGUCGUCUCCCUCAGCGACAGCAAGGGCAGUUUCAUCGUUCGAGACGGUUCCGACUCCUCAAUCACCCCCGAAGAGAUCCGCCUGAUCAUGCAACUCAAGGAUGAGCGAAAGCCGCUUUCCGGCAUUGCCAACCAUGCCGCCUUCGCCGACCGAUGCGAAUACAUCGACGGUGCAAGACCGUGGGUCCACGUCGGAAAAGUCGACGUCGUGCUUCCCUGCGCUACCCAGAACGAAGUCUCUGGUGAAGAGGCAAAGGUGCUCGUCGCCAACGGCGCACGCUUCAUCGCUGAAGGGUCGAACAUGGGCUGCACGCUGGAUGCCAUCGAACAUUUCGAAGGUCACAGGACCCAGACCAAGCGUGAUCAGGGCGCGGUGUGGUACGCGCCCGGCAAGGCAGCAAAUGCAGGAGGGGUGGCAGUCAGUGGACUGGAGAUGGCUCAGAACUCACAGAGACUGACGUGGAGUGCAGAGGAGGUGGAUGGGAAGCUGCAGGGGAUCAUGAAGGAUUGCUUUGAGACUGGGGUGAAGACAGCGAGGGAAUAUAUGGAGGUGGACGAUGAUAUGCUGCCAUCAUUGGUGGUAGGAAGCAACAUUGCAGGUUUCAUCAAGGUAUCUGAAGCCAUGCGGGACCACGGCGAUUGGUUCUAA